AUUAAAAUGAUCAAUCAGAUGUAAAAAUGCGUCUCUUUAAUCAGCUGCUCAGAAGGUGUGCCACCUCUUGGGCAUGAAUGUGACUGAUUUCACCCGUGCCAUACUCACGCCACGCAUAAAAGUGGGCCGUGAUUUCGUACAGAAGGCUCAGACUCAGGAACAGGCCGAGUUUGCCGUGGAAGCUCUGGCCAAAGCCACAUAUGAAAGGUUGUUCCGCUGGCUGGUUAUGCGAAUCAACAAAGCUCUAGACAAGACUAAGCGCCAGGGAGCUUCUUUCAUUGGAAUCCUGGAUAUCGCUGGAUUUGAGAUCUUUGAGCUGAACUCAUUUGAGCAGCUCUGCAUCAACUACACCAAUGAGAAGCUCCAGCAGCUCUUCAACCACACCAUGUUCAUCCUGGAGCAGGAGGAGUAUCAGCGUGAAGGCAUCGAGUGGAGCUUCAUCGACUUUGGCUAUAACCUCUAAUGGAGGUCCUCUGGG